GCUAGGAAUCCUCAGAAAACUGAAAAAAACCCCAUCUCGCAAAGAGGAAAAGAAAGAAAAAAUACGAAAGGAAACCUCAAACAUCAAUACCAAGAAUGUAAACCCCCAACAUCAGAGACUGCCUGGCUGGAGGCAGAGGAAGGCGCGUGCUUCGGCGUCGCUGCCGGCAGGUGGACUCAGAAAGCCCUCAUAGGAGGUGAGCUUCCUGCAGGGCUGGCAGACGAGCAAAGCCUCUGGAGCUGCCUCUUCUCCUCGCCCGUGGCCUCCCUUCUCAGCACCACCUGGGCGAGCAAGAUGAAGUGGAGGAGAACCGUGAUCUUUGCUAUCUUGCAGGCACAGCUCCCAAUCACAGAUGCCAUACCGAUUCUUGGACUGACAGACCCAAGACUCUGCUACUUACUGGAUGGAUUCCUCUUCAUUUACGCAGUCAUCAUGACAGCCCUUUUUGUGAAAGCAAAGCUUAGCCAGGCCUCUGAACCGCAGCUGCAACCGGGCCAGGACGAUGUGUAUAACAAACUGUCUCGUGGCCGCAGAGAUGAAUAUGACGUGCUGGGGGCAAAGCGAGGUGCAGACCCUGAGCUGGGCGGGAGACACCAGCAGAGGAGAAAGAACCCUCAGGAUACCGUCUACACUUCACUGCAGAAGGACAAGAUGGGCGAGGCGUACAGCGAGAUUGGCACCAAGGGGGAGCAGCAGAGGCGGCGAGGCAAAGGGAACGAAGGCGUCUACCAGGGACUCAGUACAGCAACCAAGGACACGUACGAUGCUCUCCAAAUGCAGCCUUUGCCCCCUCGCUAAAUGCUGGGACUCACAGAGGGGAUGGGCAAGAGUGAGAGCUGCCCACCUGCCUUGGGGAGGAGAGGAGGGAAAGCCUUGUUCAUCCAAAAGAAACACUGUGUGUUUUCUCAGUGCAACCUACUUUGUUUGGUGCCCAGAGGGAAUAUGUGCGGUCAGUCUUUUUUGUCUUCCCACCAUCAUGCAACUGCAAGCUUUAGCUAAUAAAAUGUACAUAUCUGUAAAGUUGUUUCCAAUGAUAGUGGUGAUCAGGCUGAUUUUUGUAAGAUUUGUGUUGUGGAGACAGGACAAACCUACCAAGACAGCUGUUUCCAUAGGUCUUACUUGCCUUCCAGGAGUAUUGAGAUGUGUAAUUAUGGUUUUGUUGCAUUUAAAGAACUUGUAAAGAUAGGACUGUAGUUAUCUCCUGUAGUAUUUAUCUUAAGGCUAUGUGACAUAGGCCAGCUAAACCUUCUGCUUUGAAUUUACCUUCUAAAAACUGCUUCAGUGGAGGACGACUUUUUUCCUUUAAUUGUAAAAAGUAAAGUGAUGUGAAGGAAAGGGGGCCGAAUGUCAGCUUUUCAGUAUGAAGAAAAUGAGCACUAAACUCCAAGAAAAGAUCAAGCCACAGCAUUGCCACUCAUCCAGCACCUGCAGCUAAAUGAGAGACAGGUAACCUGCAUCAGAGGCUUCUGAAAAGGCAGAAGAUACAAGGAGAAGGGACCCUGAUAGAGACAGUAACAGCGGAAAAAACAGGAAAACUCACCUUGGAGAAUCGUAUUUGGGUGAAAUGUGCCCCCUCCCGUUAGCAAAUCUACACUGGUGUGGUGAUUCCAAUGUUGGAAUCGGACCAGAUCAAUCACUUCUGGGCAACACAAACUGUACAAAAGCCAAUGUAAGUGUAGAUUCCAAUCCCCGCCUGGCAUCAGUUUCCCUUUACAAAGAUGAUGGAGGUGUCAUUCCAAAGAGAUCCUAGUUCAAUAAUGUAAUGCAUUUUUGAUGAAUUAAUAAAGUUAGUGUCAAAGGA